AUGGACGCAGACGCAGCCCGCUUCGCAAACUUUAAGUUGCCGGAACUCGUCGGUGAGAUCUACAGUCUUUGCAAGGAUCAGCAUGGCUGUCGUUAUCUGCAGAAGAAGCUGGAAGAGGGCGAUGGCGAAAACAUCAGACUCAUUUUCGAAGAGACCAACCCUCACAUGAUUGAGUUGAUGACUGAUCCCUUCGGCAACUACCUCUGUCAGAAAUUGCUCGAGUUCGCCAACGAUGACCAGCGUACGGUCCUCAUCCGCGCAGCCGCCCCUUCGAUGGUGAAGAUCGCUCUGAACCAGCACGGCACCCGCGCACUGCAGAAGAUGAUUGAGUUCAUCACUACGCCCGAGCAGAUAGAGAUCAUCACCGAGGCUCUCAAGUACGAAGUUGUGCCUCUCAUCCAGGAUCUCAACGGCAAUCACGUCAUCCAGAAGUGUCUCAACCACUUGUCUCCGGAGGACGCCCAGUUCAUCUUUGACGCUGUCGGCACUAGCUGUGUCAUUGUCGGUACUCAUCGUCAUGGCUGCUGCGUCCUUCAGCGUUGCAUCGACCACGCCACCGGCCACCAGAAAGGCCAGCUUAUCCAGUACAUCACCUUGAACGCCUACACCCUUGUCCAGGAUCCCUUCGGCAAUUAUGUUGUUCAGUACAUCCUCGACCUCGGCGAGCCUGCCUUCUCGCAGCCUUUGGCCAAGAGCUUCCUCGGCCAUGUUGCUGGUCUCUCAAGACAGAAGUUUAGCUCCAACGUGAUCGAGAAGUCGAUCCGUACUGGCGACGAGAUCACCAGACGCGCUCUCAUCGAUGAGAUUAUGAACCCUGUCGAGCUCGAGAGGCUGCUUCGCGACUCUUACGCCAACUACGUCGUCCAGACUGCCAUGGACUAUGCCGACCCCGAGGUCAAGGCUCGCCUCAUCGAUAACAUCCGCCCGAUCCUUCCCUCGAUUCGUCACACCCCUUACGGCCGUCGUAUCUCCGGCAAGAUCCAGGACUACGACAACCACCUCAACGGCCUGCCCGGUAGCAUGUCUCCCCCUGGUGUCAUGUCUCCUGGCCAGCUCAGCUCGACACCUUUCCGUACCAGCAGAUCCAACACGGUCACCUCGUACACCAGCAACAGCCCUGUCAGCCAUCAAGUCGGCAACUACGGCACCACCAGCUUGGGCUCUCCCAACGCUCAUCAUCGUCAGCAGGGAUCGCUCAACACUAUGCUCGCCCAGCCAGGUGGCCAGCAGCAGAUGAACGGCUACGCUCAUGGCUACCAGCAGUAUGGCCAUGGCUCCCGUGGCUCUCGCGCUUCCAACAUGGGACACUACUGA